CUAGGGCUAUUUGGCUGGGAUACUCCUGAGCAAAGGCGAGGCGGCUGGGGGGAGGAGGCGCGGUGGGAGGAGGAAUAGGAGAAGACAAAAGCCGAAGGCGUGGAGGGCCCGGCCUCACACUCGGGCAGCGGGUGCCGGGAGGCCGCAGCACACCGGGAUCCCGGUCAGCAGGCAGCAUGGGGAAGGGGGGGAACCAGGGCGAGGGGGCUACCGAGCGCGAGGCGCCGAUGCCCACCUUCAGCUGGGAGGAGAUUCAGAAGCAUAACCUGCGCACCGACCAGUGGCUCGUCAUCGAUCGCAAGGUCUACAACAUCACCAAAUGGUCCAGUCGGCACCCGGGGGGCCACCGGGUCAUCGGGCACUACGCAGGGGAAGAUGCUACGGAUGCCUUCCGCGCCUUCCACCGCGACCAGGAUUUCGUGCGCAAGUUCCUGAAGCCCCUGCUGGUCGGCGAACUGGCCCCAGAGGAGCCCAGCCAGGACCGAGGCAAAAACUCCCAGAUCAUCGAGGACUUCCGGGCCCUCAGGAAGACCGCUGAGGACAUGAACCUGUUCAAGAGUAACCACCUGUUCUUCCUCCUUCACCUGGCCCACAUCAUCGUCAUGGAGAGCAUCGCAUGGUUCACCAUCUUUUACUUUGGCAAUGGCUGGAUUCCGACCAUCAUCACGGCCUUUGUUCUCGCUACUUCUCAGGCCCAAGCUGGGUGGUUGCAACACGAUUAUGGCCACCUGUCUGUGUACAAGAAGUCCACGUGGAACCAUCUCGUCCACAAGUUCGUCAUUGGCCACUUAAAGGGUGCCUCCGCCAACUGGUGGAACCAUCGGCACUUCCAGCAUCAUGCCAAGCCCAACAUCUUCCAGAAGGAUCCUGAUGUGAACAUGCUGCACGUGUUUGUCCUGGGUGAAUGGCAGCCCAUUGAGUACGGCAAGAAGAAGCUGAAAUACCUGCCCUACAACCACCAGCACGAGUACUUCUUCCUGAUCGGGCCGCCACUCCUCAUCCCCAUGUACUUCCAGUACCAGAUCAUCAUGACCAUGAUCGUCCGCAAAGACUGGGUGGACUUGGCCUGGGCCAUCAGCUACUAUGCUCGUUUCUUCAUCACCUACAUCCCUUUCUAUGGUAUCCUCGGAGCCAUCCUUUUCCUCAACUUUAUCAGGUUCCUGGAGAGCCACUGGUUUGUGUGGGUCACGCAGAUGAAUCACAUCGUCAUGGAGAUUGACCGAGAGCCCUACCGCGACUGGUUCAGCAGCCAGCUGGCAGCCACCUGCAACGUGGAACAAUCCUUCUUUAACGACUGGUUCAGCGGGCACCUCAACUUCCAGAUUGAGCACCACCUUUUCCCCACCAUGCCUCGGCACAACUUCCACAAGAUCGCCCCACUGGUGAAGUCUCUGUGCGCCAAGCAUGGCAUCCAGUACCAGGAGAAGCCGUUGCUGAGGGCCUUGCAAGACAUCGUCGGGUCCUUGAAGAAGUCUGGGGAUCUGUGGCUGGACGCCUACCUCCACAAAUGAAGCUACAGCCCUCGGGCCACCCAUGGGGGAGGGGGAGCCGGUGGGGUUCAUGGCCGAAGGGAGGGAUGGGUUUUUGUUCUGAGGUGUCCAUGAGGCUGGGGUACAUGCCGGCUCACAGGCCCCAUCUUUGAUCUUUCUCCCGUUUUUCUCCCAUUUUCCCUUCACUUUGCCCUCCAACACCGUCCCUCAUGGGCCCUCUGUCAGUCCCUUCCACCAGGAGCACAGAGAGGGCUCCGUACCUGCCUCCGCCCUCCGCCCCUAAACAUCCACUAGACCAGCCGUCCACAGACGUACCUAGACACCCCUGGCAGCCUGGCCUCCAUCCUCCAGGCCUCACACCUCCCUGUUUCUCCCUCAGACACUUGGGGUCCAUGGGACUGGGUCCCAGCUGGGCAAAUGGCUCCCUGGCCUUGCAGGUCUGGCUCCACCCUCUGAUGGCGCCCAUGGUCUGCCCUCUUGUAGGGAGGUGCUUUGUGCACCAGGUCCCCUUCCCACUGCUGGGAUUGGUACCUGGGGCCUCCCUGCAGGUGCCACUGUUUCUACAACUGUCCAAGCCCCGGCCCUGAUUCCAGGCUCUCUUGGCCUGUAGUGCAUCUGGCUCAGACCUUGGGGCCCAGGGAAAUGUCCUCCUUGCCCCACUGGAGGCCUGUGACCCAGGGCUUGUGCAGUUCCCUCCCAGCACCAUCCACCCUAUUCCCACCUUCAGAGCCUGUGACCUUGGGUCCAAGGGGACAGUCCCACAGGUGGGUGCCACAAAGGUUAGGGCCAAGUUGGGGGGCCAGCUGACCUGUAGGUUCAGCCCCACUCCCCACCCCCAUUUAGAUGUCCUAGUUGGGAAGCCUGAGAUUCUACAGCAAUUGGACCCGUCUCCAAAAUGCUGUUACCUGCCAGGCAGCCAUACUGGGGCUGCCAGUGUGUGCAGGCGCUCUCCUCUCAUGUCUUCCACUCUUGUGUCUUUCACUGGUUUUUUAAACUUUUGCUACAGGAUACAUUCUGACGGUGGGGCUGGGCCUUGUGACAAUCUGUCUUUGACCACCUGCCCUUCCUGGACUCCCCCAGGCUCCCUGGCGGGCUGAACCAGUCUCACUCACUAGGCCAGUGUGGCCCUGACGGUCACUGUCAGGGCCACUGCUGUCAGGAGGGCAGUGGGGACAGAGGGAGGGAACCCCAGAGGCAGUGACCCCGAGGAGCUGGGGGAUGGGUGGGACCUGACAAGGUUCAAGUGGGAAGUGUGACGAGGAAUUGGGGCUGGAAGCCAGGAGCUGAGGGGACAGGAAAGUGAGAAGGGCGGGAGGGGAGUCUGCUUCCCUGGGAGGGAUUUAGAGCCACUGUGUUUGGAAGCCUAACCCACUAACCAAUAUUUAGCUUCCAGGGAGGUUGGGACAGGAACAAGCUCAGAGUGGGGACCUUUGGGAGAAGGCUUCCAGUCCCCCAGCUCUGGCAGCCAGGAGGGACCGGCAUCUAGUGGGACGCACCUUUGAGGCCCUGCUGCUGAGAACAGGCCCGUGGAGCUGCUGUUCCCUCCCGAGGCAGACGGAUCCAUAGGGAACUGAUCUUAAUUUUUAUCAUGUUGCUUCCCCAGCCCUACAUUUUUUGGAAAUAAAAGACGUAAUUUUAUUCUCACUUCCUUGA